CACAGUGGAAGAGCUGAAAGUAAAGGAAAAGCUUUUGUGAAAGCUGCAAUGCUUCAAUCCCACACGCCAAGUUUAGAAUUGAAUCCCAAUCAAUUAUUAGACCCACUCUACUGUUUUGCAUUUAAUUGCGUGGACCAAAUGGAGCUAUACGAUCCUUCCUGGAAGGCAAAUCUGAUGUUGACUAAAAGCUCUUCAUUUGUUCAUAAAUUUCUUGCAUCAGACUAGUUUACCCAAAUAUUCAUCUCUUGUAUUUUGCUUUCUCUACCUUCUUCAAACUCAGCUACACAAGAUCCUUCUGUUAUCACUGAUCAUGGCUUCUACUUCUUCCACUACUCCCAGUCAGGGGAAGAAAUGGGAUGUUUUUAUUAGUUUUAGAGGCGACGAUACGCGUUAUGGUAUUCUCUCCCAUCUCUCUAAAGCCUUGAAGGACAAACAAAUCAAGACUUUUACGGAUGAAGAGCUCCAUAAAGGAGAAGAGAUCUCACCAGAGCUCUUGAAAAUAAUCCGGGAAUCAAGUGUCUCAAUAGUUAUUUUCUCUGAAAAUUAUGCAGAUUCUCCAUGGUGUUUGGAUGAGCUUGUUGAGAUACUUAAAUGCAAGGAAGAAUCAGCACAAAUAGUUCUACCGGUUUUUUACAAAGUAGAUCCAACUGACGUUCAAAAGCUUUCAGGGAAUUUUGGGAAGGCAUUUGCUAUUGCUAUGCAUGGGGAAAAAGGCAGUUCACAAAAGGUGGACAACUGGAAGCGUGCUUUGAUGGAAGUGAGCAACUUAGCAGGAUGGGAUUCACAGAAAAUCAAGUCUGAGGCCGAAUUAGUUGAUGAAAUUGUCAAUGAUGUUUCAAAAAAAUUUAGCGAUAUGUCUAAAAGUGAUGAUUCUUGUUAUCGCAACUUGAUUGGAAUUAAACCGCGUGUGGAAGAAGUGGAACAGUUGUUAACUGAUAAGCAAAUUGUAGGAAUUUGGGGGAUGGGAGGUAUUGGUAAAACAACUAUUGCACGACAAGUAUUUCAUCGAAACAAGAAUAAAUUUGAUGGUCAUUGUUUCGUUGAAAAUGUUAGGGAAACAAUGACAAAGCAAUCACCAGAUGGUGUACGGAACAAAAUCAUUUGUGAAUUACUAAGGGAAGAACAUAUAGACUAUUUGAAUGAUCGUAUUCACAAAAGGCUGAAGAGUAAGAAGGUAUUGAUUGUUUUUGAUGAUGUAGAGGAUCGAAACCAUUUAAAAGAUUUAGCAGGAGAGUGUGAUUUGUAUGGUGAGGGAAGUAGAAUCAUCAUAACUAGUAGAGAUUCACUUGGUUUUUCAGAAGAAGGCAUAUAUAAGGUUGAGAAGUUAAUUGAUUCUCAAUGUCUGGAACUCUUUAGGUCACAUGCCUUCGAGCCAAAUGGUCCCAAGGAAGAAUAUAAGGAGCUAUCAAAGAAGGUGACAAACUAUGCUGGAGGCAAUCCACUAGCUCUUAAAGUUUUGGGAUCUCAUUUAUUUCGCAGGACGAUAAAAGAAUGGGAAAGUGAAUUGGAAAAAUUGGAAGGCAAAUCUCUUAAGAAAAUUCAAGAUGUUUUGAAAACAAGUUAUGAUGGGCUAGAAAAGAAUGAACAGGAAAUAUUUCUUGAUAUUGCAUGUUUCUUCAAAGGGCUUCAUAAAGACGAGGUUGAGAGAAAAUUAAAAGCAUUUGGUUUCUAUCCAGAAAGUGGAAUACCUCGUCUAAUUGAGAAGUCUCUGAUAACUAUUUCAAACAAUAGGGUAGAUAUGCAUGACUUGCUAGAGCAAAUGGGCAAGGAUAUUGUUAAUAAGGAAUGCAAACAGCCUGGCGGACGCAGCAGGUUGUGGAAUUAUGAAGAUAUUUGUUAUGUAUUGACAACAGAGACGGUAAGGACCAAAUUAAUCAAUGAAGCUUUUAUCAUUAUCAUAUUUGAAUUUUGUAAGAAUUGUAGAUCUCGUGACGAAUUAAGUAUUAAUCAAUAAUCCUUUUUGCUGUUAUUU